AUGGACACGUGGUGUGACGGCGCAACAAAGAAGAAGAUACUUUCGCAGAACACGUUCUACCGAGAGAAAAGAGGCUUAUUCUCUACUGACGCUGCCUCAAGUUUUAGCCAAGAUUCUGACGAUCCAAUCUCUUGGUGGAGCAACUUCGGUUGCGAGGUACCCGAACUACAGAGUUUUGCAAUGAAAGCGCUGUCGCAAUCGACAUCAGCCUCACCCUGUAUAGAGUUCAUAUUAGGACAUCUCAAUUCGCCGGGAAACACGCUGUAUUCGAAUGAAGGAGCAGACUGGUUACAAAAAUGGGGCACAAUCUAUCCUAAACUUUUCAGACUUAGAUUUGGACCAUUCAACUUUGUGUGCACAUCUCAUCCCAAAUACAUCCGGGCACUGCUUAAGGACAAGCCAAAAAAGAUGUGGUUUUACAAAUUCGUGGUCGACUGGUUAGGAGAUGGGCUUCUCUUUUCGAGCGGCGAAAAAUGGUUUACUAGGCGGAAAAUGCUGACUCCCUCUUUUCAUUUUGACUUGCUAAAAAGCUAUCUCGACAUCUUUAAUGAAACUACGAACAUCAUGGUCAAUCAGCUCAAGGAAAAUGGACAGGAGCCAGUGGAGAUUUUCCCAAAGGCAAUAGCUAUGACUCUGGACACAGUUCUAAGAUGUCUUGUACAUUACGAGACAAACUGCCAAACUCAAUAUGAUGAAUACGCUGCAAUCAUGUAUAGGAAGAUCAUAGAAGAUCGCAAAGAGGCUCAUUUGAGAAACCCAGAUAUACUGAAGGACACCAAGAAUCUCAGCUUCCUUGAUGUAAUACUAACCGUUAAUAUGGAAGAUAUCCUUGAGGAAGCAAACGUUUUUAUACUCGGAGGACACGAUACCACGGCUAGUGGUAUGAGCUGGAUUUUGUUUCUGCUGUCUCAGAAUCCAGAACAUAUGGCCAAGUGUUACGAAGAAAUUAAAGAAGUCUUUGACAAUGGUGGUGGUGAUGAAUAUGUAACUCAGCAGCAGAUCAACGACCUGACUUAUUUUUCUUUGUGUUUCAAGGAAUGUUUACGAAUGAAAAGUCCUGUACCUAUGAUCGGAAGGGAGCUGCAUAAUGAAGUAGAAAUUGACGGAAUUCGGCUACCUAAAGGAACAAACGUUGCCAUUCUGAUAGAUGCUUUACAUCGAGUGGAAGAGUUCUGGGAUGAACCAAAUGAAUUUCGACCAGAACGUUUUAGUCCAGAGAAUUCUAAAGACCGUGAUCCUUACAGCUACAUCCUUUUCAGUGCAGGUAGCCGCAACUGCAUUGGACAGAACUUUGCCAUCGCAGAAUUGAAAAUGGCCGUGGCAAAGCUAAUUUACAACUUUGUAGUUAUAGUGGUAGCUCAUCAACCGGAGAAGAAGACUGAUAUCUGGAUAUUAUCCGGUUGGAAGAGACAAGGACAAGUGAAACAAGGAAGUUAG